AUGAAGGCAGACGAGGAAAAGGUGUCCAGCGAUGCGAACCACAGCCAGGAGGGCGAAUCGCCCGACAUGCCGAAGGACCCGGACGCGCAUCUGUCCGAGGAACAGAAGGCUGAGGUGGAACGGAAGUUGAUAUGGAGGUUGGACUGGAUGCUGCUUCCAUGGCUUAGUUUCCUCUACUUGAUGGCAUUCCUCGAUCGGACCAAUAUCGGCAACGCCAAGAUCGCUGGUCUUCAGAAGGAACUCGGACUUACCAUACCGUCAUAUAACGCCACCCUCACCAUCUUCUUUGUAUCAUACGCCGUCUUUGAGCCUCUCACCAACAUCUUACUCAAAAAGCUGCGACCAUCUAUUUUCCUGCCUAUCAUCAUGGUCCUAUGGGGCGCUAGUAUGCUCGGCAUGGGGUUUGUGAAAAACUGGUCUGGUCUGAUGGCAGCGCGGUGGUUCCUCGGACUGGCCGAGGCCGGGCUGUUCCCGGGAGUGAACUACUACCUCUCCUGCUGGUACAAGCGUUCUGAGUUUGGCGUGCGAGCGGCUAUCUUUUUCUCCGCUGCAGCCAUCUCGGGUUCGUUUGGUGGUCUGCUUGCUGCUGCCAUUGAGAACAUGGAUGGGAUUGCCGGCAUUGCCGGGUGGGCGUGGAUUUUCAUCCUCGAAGGCCUGCUCACCAUCCUCGUCGGCAUCGCCUCCUUCUGGAUGGUCUACGACUUCCCCGACCAGGCCCGUUUCCUUUCCGACGACGACCGCGCUCGCGUCAUCCGCCGUCUGAGGUCCGACCAACAGGCCUCUGCGAACCACGAAUCGUUCCAGAUGACAUACUUCUGGCAGGCCCUCCGCGACUGGAAGACAUGGCUCGGCAUGGUGAUUUACAUGGGUUGCGACAUGCCCCUGUACGCCUUCUCGCUCUUCCUGCCGACCAUCAUUUCCAACCUGGGGUGGAACACGAGCGUGGUACGAGCGCAGCUGAUGUCGGUUCCUCCAUACGCCGCCGCGGCGAUUCUCACCGUUGCCAUUGGUUUCCUAGCCGACCGCACGCGUGCCCGUGGACUGUGUAACAUCUGCGUUUCCGUGCUCGGCGUCGCCGGGUUCGCUAUGUUGCUUGGCUCGGAGAGCCCCGCGGUGCAGUACGCCGGCACUUUCCUCGCUGCGCUGGGCAUCUACCCCUGCAUUGCCAACACCAUUACCUGGGUGGCCAACAACGUCGAGGGUGUCUACAAGCGUGGUGUCGUGCUCGGUUUCGUCAUUGGCUGGGGCAACCUCAACGGUAUUGUCAGCAGCAAUAUCUACUUCCACGACCCGCGUUACCCGGAGGGCCACGGUGUCAUCGCUGCCUACUUGGCCUUGUUUCUGCUAGGCGGGUCUGUUCUUAUGACCAUUCUCCUCCGGUUAGAGAACCGCCGUCGUCAGCGCGGGGAACGCGACCACUGGGUGGAAGGACUAAGUCAGACGGAAAUCGAGAAGCUUGGGGACCAGCGACCGGACUUCCUGUACACUGUUUGA